AUGUGCUUAUGGUGUGGCUUGACAGGUGUCGAGGCUCAAUCCGUCCCGCAGCUGCCUGUGCCACGGAGCUGCUCUGGUGUCAGCAACUUCCGAUAUCAGUACACGCUCGCGUCAGGAUGGUCGGCCAUGAAGAUUGCCGGCGGCCUGAAGCAGGUCCGGACUAUUGUCUGGGACACGGCGGGCAACAUGCUCGUAGCCCAGGCCACCCGGGGCAUCUCGGUGCACACCUUUGGCGCCGAUGGCUGCAUCAACAGCACCACCAUGCUCGUCCAAGGCAACCAGCUCAACCACGGACUGGCACUGACGCCCGACGGCAAGACGUUGUAUGCCAGUGGUGAGACCACGGCUUACAGCUGGAGCUAUGACGCUGCUACGCGGAAGAUCAGUAACCAAAAGACGGUGGUUAGGGGUAUGUCGACUGGCAUUCACUCUACACGGACCAUUGCCGUUGUGCCGCAGCAGCCGAAUCUUAUCCUGCUGCAGGUCGGUAGCAACGCCAAUUUCGACACGGCAGCGGCUCAACCGAGCACGGGGCGCGCCAUCAUCAAGAUCUUUGACACCAGCAAGGCGCCUGCGAACGGGUUCAACUAUAACACCGAGGGCGAGGUGUAUGGCUAUGGCUUGCGCAACACGAUCGGUUUUGUGUCGGAUCCGAGCGGAGUAUUUUGGGGCGUGGAGAACAGCGGAGAUGACUUCACCCGCACCGAAAACGGCCAGCGCAGGGAUAUCCACCAGAACAAUCCGGCCGAGGAACUGAACAACCUCGGCAACCCCCUAACAGUCCGCAACGCAUGGUACGGCUACCCAACCUGCUUCACAGUCUGGGACGCCUCCAACUUCCCCGGCACGUCGCUCAAAACCGGCAGCAUGUUCGUGGUCUCCCCCAACAGCACCUUCAACGACGCGUCAUGCACUUCCCAAAAAGCAAUCCCCCCGCGCCUAAGCUUCCAGGCACACUCCGCCCCGAUCUGGAAUACCUUCGACAAGGACGCCAAGAACAUGUACGUCGCCUUCCACGGCUCGUGGGACCGCCAGCCCCCGACCGGGUUCAAGGUUGUUCAGAUCCCCUUCACGCGCACGGCGGAUGGCGCGUAUGACCCCGUGGCGCCGCCGGAUAGUAUGACGGGGUAUAAGGAUAUUUUUAGCGCGACAAAUCCGGGGAGCUGUACGGCGAAUGGGUUGACAAUGAGUAACUGUUUUCGGUUGACGGCGGCGGCGUGGGAUCCGGCGGGACGGGGGCUGUUUGUGGGCAGUGAUAAUAGUGCGGAGGGGGAGAUUUAUGUCUUGACUCCGAGUGCCUAG